AUGUAUACAGAUUUUUCUGGAUAUGAGCAUCUAGUAGAAAAAGAGUUAAAUCAUCGAAGUAUAAGUCUUGCAGAAUGUAGAGAAUGGAUUGUAAAUAAGAAGUGUGAAUAUGGAAGUUUAGUGAAAGGUAAAGAAGGAAUGUCAGAUUCGAAGAAUCCUAGAACCUCUGGUUUUUGGAGUACAAAUAAUAAAGUUGAAGUAGAUUAUCCAAAUCGAUUUACUAGUUUUUUCUCUCCAAAAAGAUAUUACAAAGAGAAUUGUAUCAUCAUUGAAACUAAAGUAUAUUCACACUUCAAUCAAAGUAGACCAUCUAAUAUUCUCUCCGACUUAAGUAAUUGUAAAUAUCAGGAUGGUUCUUGUCCAAUAAAGAAGAAUGAAAUUAUGAUUUGGGAUGUCAAUACUUCCCAGAAUCGUCAAUGUAUUUCAAUUGGAAAAUUAGAUGGAAUCAUGAAUAAUGGACUGUGGAUAAAUAGUAAAAAUCAAAUUGCUCUGAGUUUGAAUAAAACCAAAAUUGUGAGAGAUUGUAAUCUUGAUCUCUUAAUUAGUGAAGAAGGUUUUGCAGUCAAGGAAAUUCAAAAACUUCCUUCAGAAUUGAAGACCUUUGGAAAUCCUAGAUCCAUAGGAUUGACACAACAAGCACUAACAUCAACUCCUAGUCUUCAAGAAAUGAGUUCAAAAUCAGAGAUUUCUAGAUCCCAAGGAUUGUCAAAUCCUCAGAAAUAUGCAGAGUCUUCGACUCCUAGAUCCGAAGGAUUGUAUCAAAAAGAAAGAGAAGAAUAUUAUAAAAGACAAAGAGAAAUCCAAACGGUAAAAGACAAAGAAGUAAGAGAUAAAUACGAAGCUGAUCGCAAAGAACUUGAGAAGAGAAGAGAAGAAAAAAUGAAGCAAUAUCUAGAGUUUGAAAAGAGAAAGAAGGAAAAAAUGGAAAGACAAGGAUUAUUGAAUACUACUAAAAGGGACAAAAGAUCAUCGAAUCAAAUUUACUCAGAUUUUCAAGCACUUCCAAAGAAUACAAUUAGAGAAAAUGCUAACUUCUUCAUAAUAUUCCCACAAGAUAAGUUGAAUUUAGAUUACAUCUACAGGGAUCACGCAAGUGAAAUCAAGAAAGAUGAAUUUCUUGAAUUUACAAAGGACGUAUGGUCUAAGAAGUAUAACUUUAUGAGUAUUGAUAAAACUUCAGAUAUUGAUAAUGGUAAAUUCAGGAAGUGUUUGAAAUAUUUUUAUGUCUUCUAA